AUGGUGAAUCUUAUAGUUACCCCAGAAACGGGUCUGGCUGAUGAGCAUGUGCAUAUUAAGGCAUCAGGACUGCAACCCAAUCAACUGGCAACCAUUCGUUUAACACUUCAUGAUGAAAAGGGAAAUGUCUUCCAGUCACGAGCUUUUUACAGAGCUGAUGUAAAAGGGCAAAUUAACCUGGAUAGCAAUGCAGCUCUUGGUGGAAACUACCAGGGAGUACAUCCCAUGGGACUGUUAUGGUCAUUGAAACCUCUUAAACCAUUUCAACGACCUGUUAAAAGAGAUGUGAAAGCUGGCCCAUUCCUGUACACGGUGGAUCUUUUUGAGUUUUUAUCAGUAGGGUUAGGUGCUGAGCCACAGCCCACUUGCAGUGCUACAUUUAAUAGGUGGCACAUAGCUGAUGAUGUACAAAGGACCCAGAUUCAUGAGGGUAGACUUCGAGGUACCAUUUUUUCCCCUGCAGGAAAGGGGGCAUAUCCUGGUAUUAUCGACAUGUUUGGUGGAGGAGGUGGCCUUGCAGAAUACAGAGCCAGCCUUCUUGCCAGUCGUGGAUUUGUGGUUUUUGCGCUGGCAUAUUUUGGUUAUGACGAUCUUCCACGCUCAUUCCAAAAACUAGAAUUGGAAUAUUUUGAAGAAGCUACAGAUCUGCUCCUCAAACAUCCUAAGGUUGCUGGACCUAAACUCGGAGUUCUGGGUGUCUCAAAGGGUGCAGAGAUUGCCCUUUUGCUGGCUUCAUAUUUACCACAAAUUGGAGCUACGGUCAGCAUUAAUGGCACCUCUAAUGUAUAUGGUAGCACAAUUUACCAUAAAGGUAAGGUGCUCAUUAAAGGAACACCCUACAAAUCAGAGAAGACAAUGAUCACUAAAGAAGGAUUUAUGAGCACUGUUGGAUUAUAUGAGCCACACGCUAGUUCACUCAUUCCAGUAGAAAGAGCCUCUGGACACAUACUUUUCUUAGCUGGCGCCGCUGAUCAGUAUUACAACAGUCAACAGUUUGCACAAUUCUCAAUCUAUAAAUUGAUGAGAAAUGAGAAAACUAAAAGCAGGAUGAUAACUUAUCCAGCAGCUGGCCAUUUGAUUGAACCCCCAGGAUUUCCUUUUUCCUAUGCCUCACAUCUUCGUGGACAAAACCUGCCUCUGUUGUAUGGUGGAGAGAUGAUCCCUCACUGCCAAGCAGAGGAAGCGAUUUGGAAAGAAAUUCAUGUUUUCUUUCGGCAGCACUUGCUGCUGUCUAGCAAUCUGUGA